AUGGGCGCUGAGCAUGGACAGCCACAGCAGUCUGCGGGCCGGAGGGGCCGGAGUUCUGGAGACAAGAAGUCCAAAAAGCGUAGCCGGCGCAAAGAAACCUACUCAAUGUAUAUCUACAAGGUGCUGAAGCAGGUGCACCCCGACAUCGGCAUUUCCUCCAAGGCCAUGAGCAUCAUGAACUCGUUUGUGAAUGAUGUGUUUGAGCGGCUGGCCGGCGAGGCCGCCCGGCUGGCCCAGUACUCGGGCCGAACCACACUGACGUCCCGGGAAAUCCAGACAGCCGUGCGCCUGCUGCUUCCAGGGGAGCUGGCCAAGCACGCCGUGUCCGAGGGCACCAAGGCCGUCACCAAGUACACCAGCUCCAAGUGA